GGAAAAUCUGAUAAUCUUGCAUGAACAGUUGGAAAAAGUUGAGGAACUUCUCUCUGAAGAGAAUAAACCUUUUGCAUGGGGUUUGAUGUGGUGGCACCACAAAGAAACGAACGGAAAUAUGGAUCUAAAAAACUUUACACAUCCAGGGGAAUUUCCUACCAGGACGGAGGAUUCAAGGAAGGAUGGACUUACUGUGGUGAAGGGAAAUAAGAAACUCAGUAAAUUCUUCCAGGAGCUGAAGGAGAUGGAGAUGACACAGGAAUAUCAAAUAAUGGAAGAAAAGAAGAAGUGGGAGGACAUGAUGUCCAACCAAAGGAGUAUGUUAACAGAUAGAAUCACUGAGAUAGAGGAAAAGAUUCAGAAACCAGAUAUAGAAAUGCUACAGAAUGUGACAGAAACAUUAAGAAGGAGUUCUCUAAAGCUCGAUUUGAAACUGUUCACCCCCAAACUGACACCUUCUUAUAUCUUCACGGUGAUGAAAUUUUCGAGAAUCUUUCAGAAAGUCAGCUCUUUGGGACAUAAACUGGGUGAGAACUUCAGAUACUACAACUUGUCUGAGGACAGACAGAGGACAAUUGACAUUUUAUCUCUCGAUUCCUGUAGUGGUUUUAUGCAAACUGUUUACGUAGCUGAAAAUGUUUUAGCCAAGACCUACAAGCAAGGACACCUCAUACUAACAUUUUCAGAAUACCUAGAACCACCUUCAGAGUUCUCUAGAGGGACAAAUUAUGGGGAAAGUUUCUUUCUCUGCCACAGAACACAACCAUUGAUAAAGGAGUAUCCAAAUACUUUUGAUUAUCUAUGUACUUAAUAAACUUAUAUUU